AUGAAUCGACUUCUCCAACUUCUCUGUGUCUCUCUCAUUGCGUCAUCCACUGUCGCAGCCCCGGCUCCCGAGAGAGCAAGGCUCGAGCGCGGCACUGUUUCUCGAGUUGAAGUCCGCGAAUUCAUUGAACACAUCGAUAGAGAUGCUGUCCAGAGCCUCGUCGAGAAGCUCCGCACCACCCGUGCGGACCUCAAGGACCGUGACUUCGCCUUGUCGAACGGUCUUAGUUUCGUCAAGAGGCAGGAUGUUUCUCCUGGUGCAAGCGAUACAGUGACCGACGGGCCGACCUCCACUGAGACCGAGACAACCGAUCCUCCUAGCUCAACAACCGAGUCCGAUACCAGCUCCCAAACAGACCCCGAGCCUACCUCGUCAGAGCCCGAACCAACGUCAACAGAGCCAGAGCCGACAUCGACAGAUACCCCUCCAACCAGCUCAACCGACGAGCCAACGUCGACCACUGAUGAUCCCACUUCAGCCCCAACCAGCACCUCUGGGCCUACCUCCACAGAUCCACCUACCUCAACCACCUCAUCUGGACCGACCUCUUCUUCCUCCACCACUGAGCCAACCUCCACCGAAACAUCCAGCACGACAGAGCCAACCUCUUCAGAGGAACCAACUAGUACUACCGAGUCCACCACCAGCAGCACCACUACCACAUUUACCUCGACAAACGCCGACGGUGAUCUCGUGACAGUCACCUCAACCGCCGUCGUGCACCCAACCCAGGGCCCUAGCGAUGACAGCACCGAAACAGGACCCGAGCCCGGUCUACAGACAAACGCCGCAUCUGCCUCUGGAUACUCCAAAGAGCUGUUUGCCAUGAUGGGCGGUGCCGCUGUCGCUGUUGCCGUGAUCUAA